GGUCGAGUCAAGUGCUAGUCUCAGUUUUGGUUGUGACAACCUGUCAUGUCAGGAGCACGCUGCUCCUGUUGCUGUUACUCUCUUGGGCGGGCCAUGGUCUCAGUGACUCCCCCCACCAGCUCUGUGAAUACCCACUCUGAAUGGACCUGACAGUUACCUGCCUGUCAUUUGGAUUUGUACUCAGCACGAACCAAUGCAUGGAGUAACUACUUGGAGCAAACUUAGUCCAGAUUGAGAAACAAUUUCCUCAUGUAUUUGGAAAACUCUGAGCAAAGCAAAGGAGAAGGGGGUUCAUCUCCUGAAGCCUUGCUUACUGAACAGUGCCAGGCCUCUAAAUUAACAGAAGCUGCAGAUUUAACCAUCCCUUUGAAGGAAAGUGCUAAUCAAGGCAUGAAGGUCUUUGUGGAAUACCCCGAGCAGACCGUCAGCAGAGACAUGGACCCUUCUGUCCUUUGUCUGGAACACUGCAACAUCAACACAGAUGAGAUUGAAUCCUGCACGUAUUGCCAUGGACAUGCUGAGAUCUUUGAGCAACAUUCAGCAAGCAACGGAUUUUUUGAGUCCGACCAAACCCUCGAUAAGUGUGAGACUUCAGGGUUAAGCCAAUCAUUUGACAAAUGUGCUCAACACUGUGAGUGUUUUAAACCUUGCAAGUCCUCUGAGCACUGUGCUAAUCAUAGCUUAGCUUCCAAAUGUAGUCCUUGCUGUGAACAGUGUGCAGAACACCUCCAAUUAUUUCAACAAUGUAAGCCCACUGAUCAGCAGUUGGAGUCUUCUGACUUUGAGCCAGAUGAAUUGGAAGUCAACUGUGACAAUUUUGGUCAGUAUGAAAUGUCUGAUUUGGGGCCUGAAUGCACAGAACACCUUGAGUUGCUACAACAAUACGAGCUGUCACAUCAGCAGUGUGAGUCCUUUGACUCUGAGCCAGACAUAUCAACAGAGGACUCUGAGCAAUGUGAAAUGUCUAUCAUCUCUGACUCAGGGGACUCAUUGGACUGUGGUGCUGAAUUUUGUGAGUAUGACGAAAAUCAAAAUCAAACUGAAUGCGCAAAUGAUGAUGAUGAUGAUGAUGAUGAUGAUGAUGAUGAUGAGAGCUAUGAAGGUGAACAAAUUGACUUGGAGCCUAGUGAUGAAGAGUCCUCUAGAUCAGUAGAAGACAGUGAAGACAGCCCCUGUGUAGGGGAUUUCUGUGAGACCCAUGUGUACAGUAAAGAAAACUCACAGCAAGCUAGUACAUCAGACAUGUCUGCAGAUCCCAGGGAGCUAUGUGGAAAUGAUAACUCUGAAACAAGCCAGGAGUACGAACCCACUCAUCAGUCAGGGCGCAACUAUGAGAACAGCUUCUGCUCCGAGGAAGACGGUUCCUCAGAUUGCUCUUCUGUGGAAACCAAAUCCUUCAAGACUUGUCCAGAUGGCAGUAUUCCUUCUGAUCCCUGCUCCGAUUCAUCUGGAGAAUCUGAAAAAGGAGCUCAGGAAGAUUCAAGUGAUGAACAGACGCAGUGGGAGUCUUUUGAGGAAGAUGAAGAAAUACAGCAAAGUAACAUUAACAAAAGUAAUGAGGACGAACAGAAAACACCUUCUGUUGAUAUUGUUAUUGAGGAUUACUUUGACUUAUUUGACAGAGCCGACUACCACAGACACAUGUUUGCGCAAAAACGGCAUUACGUCUCCUGCUUCGACGGGGGAGAUAUCCAUGACCACCUGUAUCUUGAAGAAGAGGCACAGAUGCAUAGAGCCAAAAAUGUAUACAAAUGUGAAGAAGUAAAUGAGGAAAUAAAUGUACCAGAAACCGAUGUGAGUUCAGAGGACGCACACGAGGAUAGCAGCGAGGAAGAUGCAGGCCAGAGAGAUGAGGAGUGGAACGGACAAUCAGAAUCAAGUUUGACAGGAGAUGAAGAUGAAGAAAACGAAUCGGAGACCCAAGCCGGUUACACAGAGAACAGUGACAAAGCAGAAGACGAUGAAGCCCCUAUUGAUGAAGAACCCUGUGCAUUAGAUGACCAUGUUUCUGAAGUCUGUAAUGAAGAAGAUGAGGUCUGCCUGUCUGCUGGUAACGAGGAGAGUAUGUUUGCACCAUGUGCCAAGGAAAUCUCUGUUGAAGGUGAUGCUUAUGAAGAUGAGAUUUAUGAUACUCAAGAGAAGUAUGAAUCUCUUCGUGAUGUGACCUGUACAAAUGACGAGACUGAAUUAACUGUUACUGAUGACAAAGAUGAGCCUGAGCCUGAAGACGACAUAUUUAUUGUAUGCUCAGAGAUGGAGCCGUAUUGGUCACUUAUAGAUGAUGAAGAAAUCGAAGAGUUUUAUGAGCUGGAUGUUGAGGACUACUAUGCCUUUCAGAUUAAAAGCAUUCAGUCAUCUGUUCAACAAGCCUUGAAUGGAUUUAUUAUGGAAGAAAGAUCAUACGAUGCUUCUAGAAACAAGAGAAAAGAUGCUCUUGUAUCUCUGGAAGAAGCACAGGCCAGCCCAGAGAAGUGCAAAACGGUCACGUAUCAAAUUACUGAAGUCAUUGAACUGAACUGCUCUGUUGUGGAAAAAACAGCCAAUGAGGACUGUGUGUUGAAUGAAAGUUCAAGACAACUAAAACCCCCUUCAGAUAUUAUUCACAGUGUCUCAGCACAUGUCAAAAUUGAGGCAGGGGAUGUGCCGGUUAAAAGGACUGAGGAUAACAAGGCCUCCGAACAAAGCAGGGAUUCAGAAGAGGAGAGUGACGAUGAAUCCUGUGAGCCUUGUGAAUGCGAGUACUGCAUUCCACCAACAGAGCAGGUUCCAGCACAGCCGCUACUCCCACAGAUGAAAUCGAAUGAUGCAGGGAAGAUCUGUGUGGUCAUUGAUUUGGAUGAAACACUAGUGCAUAGUUCAUUUAAGCCAGUGAACAAUGCAGAUUUUAUCAUUCCAGUGGAAAUUGAUGGAACAGUUCACCAGGUGUAUGUAUUAAAGAGACCCCACGUUGACGAAUUCCUCAAGAGGAUGGGAGAGUUGUUUGAGUGCGUUUUGUUCACCGCAAGCUUAUCCAAGUACGCAGAUCCUGUCUCGGACCUGUUGGAUAAGUGGGGGGCCUUCCGGAGCCGGCUCUUUCGGGAGUCAUGCGUCUUCCACAAAGGGAACUACGUAAAAGACCUGAGCCGCUUAGGAAGAGACCUGAACAAGGUCAUCAUCAUAGACAACUCCCCAGCCUCCUACGUCUUCCACCCUGACAACGCAGUUCCUGUAGCGUCCUGGUUUGACGACAUGUCAGACACUGAGCUCCUCGAUCUCAUCCCUUUCUUUGAGAGACUGAGCAAAGUGGACGACAUCUACGAUAUUCUCAAGCAGCAGAGGACUUCAAGUUAACAGAGGCAGGAUACUAGGAUGGAAAUAAUCACCAGCGGCUAUUGUCUCGGGGCCACGGAGGCCGGUGGGCCAGCGGCUCCACACUGCUUCCCACUACAAGGACCACACUGCGAAAAUUUACCCGCCAUUUAAUCUCAUAUUCUUUUAGUAAGCUGGAUUUAAAAAAAAGUAAAAGCAGCAGGUUAGGUGUGACUGCACUGACAGUUACCUAAUCCAUCCGUAUUUGUCGUAAUGCCAGACUUCAUAUGAGAUUAAAUGACUUCUGUAGAUGUCUUUUGCAGUGCAGCUAGUGUUGUUGUCAUUAUGUGACAGCGGUGACCUUUGUAAGUGUGCUGUAAAGCUAGAUUGUGUGAACAGUUGUUCAGUGCCUUUCUACAUAUGAACCGCCAUCAGUCAUUUUAAUUCAGUACAAUGUAGCAUUUCUAGUAAGAUUUCAAGCGUAAACACACACAGAAAAGAACAAGAAUCCAUUAACUUAAUACAAACACGGUUGACAAUCAUUAACUCUGGAGAUUUUAGGUGUAAUCAUUUCUUGAAAUGCACACUUUGACAUGUUCCAAACACUGUGCACUUACUGUAUGCCUUUGGAAAGCUUUGAACAAAAUCUACCAUUUACUGUAGCAUUUACAUUUAGAUUUAAAAUGAUUCAGAACACAGUAAUGAACUGUCACUGAAUGUAAUAUUUAUUCUAGUUGACAACUAAAUCCAAUAUUGCAGUAAAGUAAUUAUGAGUGCGUAAUAAUCCUUUUAGAAGUUGUUCAGCCCUGUCCAGUGAUGAAAACAUAACACAUUAUUUUAGCUUCAUAAUUGCUUAACAGUAAUUGUUGAAAACAUUAAGCUUCUAAAAUCUGUUAUAUAUAUAACUCUGAAAUAGCAUUAAGGAACAGAUUAUUGGACCUUUCACACACACACAGACUUACCACUGCAGAAAUGGUGAGAUUAUUCUUGUAAAUACAGUAUAUCAGGAUUUUAGGCAAUCGUUUUGAUUUGGUUUUAAUGUUAUUUUAUCUAAUGUUAUUUUAUCUAGUUGUAUCAGCUGCCACAGUGUGCCGUGCAUCAGUAAUGCAGUAUCGUUUAAUGUGUGCAGGAGCAGGUUGUGACCUGCUACAGGAUCUUAAAUAAGUCGGAUUUGAAAGCACACUUCGAUGCCUCCCAUCGGCAAACUUGAAUCCGAGCUGUAAGACGUAAAUGGAGUCAAGUGCACUGCCUUGUUGAUCUGUAAGUCCAGUUUCAUGGGGGGAAACUUGUGCCAGACAUGCUUGAGUCCUGAUCUACUUUGCUUCAGUCUGGAGCGAGUGUGUGUUUUUGUAUGUGUGGUGUUACAGUGUGAUUGCGUCAGCGUGAGUAUUUCUAUGGGUUUCAGAUUAAACAAAAUAUACUUUGACAAUACGUGAACAACUAUAACCUGUCUUGGAAUAAUGAUUUAACUUUUUUUUUUUUUUACUGUAUGCAUCAAGAGUAUUAACGUUGUGACUUAAACUGGUUCAAACAAGUGAGUUUUUAAAUUGCUGCUGAGACUGAAAAACAAAACAAACAAACAGAAAAGAAUAAUAACCAACUAGAGAUAUUUUUACCGUGCAUCAAUAAAGCAUGUUUUAUUGAAACAGGU